AUGGAUAGCAAGUUUAUUGAAGUGGAGGCGAAAAGCCUGUACAACGUCAUCGAGACGUUCGAACGGAAGAUUGUAAAUUUAUCUUAUAUAAAUGAGGAGGUUCUGGAAAAAUUGAACGAGCAGGAGCUGUCCGGCCUACCUGAGGAAUUCUUCACCUACUUCAAAGAUAUAAUAAAGUUGAAUAAAUUGUAUGAGCAUACGGAGGUGAUAAAAUGUGAAAAGGACAUGCAAGUGGAUGAUGGACAGGGGGGUGGCGAACGGGACGACAAACGAGAUGAAGAACCGGACGACGAGCGAGGCGCAGAACGAGACGACGAACUUGGAGUGCACAAGGAACACCAAGACUUGGUGGACAAAAUUAAAAAGUACUGUUCAUAUUUGUGUAAAAUUUUUAAGCAAAAUGAAAAUUUAUCUACCACAUUGAAUUCGUUAAGUGAUAAAAAGAACCACGAUUUUUUUAAGUUCCUGAGCAUCGUCAAGGAUUUGAAGGACAUCUUCCUGGUGAAGUUCCAAACGACAGCCGAGGACCAGCGGAAGAGAAUCGAAAGCUUGGAAGAAUUAAAGGAGGAGGAGCAGAACACACAAAACGAAGAAAAACAACUGAAUGACGAGUUAGAGCUUGUUAGGAAAAAAAGUCAUGACGAAUUAAAAGAACUUCAACACAUAUUGAUGACAAAAGAGAAUGAACUGAGCAAUUUGAAAAAGUCUUCUGAGGAAAGUUUAAAGAAGUUGCUCGAUCAAAUGCCCGUAAAUAAUCUUACGGAAGACUUGGAAAAUAUCAAUGUCUUGCUCGACAAAACGAAGAAUGUAUAUGAUGACCAGAUUAGGACAUACCAAGACUUGGAGGUUAACUUGGUGAAAAAAAACGUGCUGAUAGAGCAGGAUAUUCAGAACUACAUCCACUCGAUGGACGCGGAGAUUGAGGAGAUGGAUAGGGAAAUUCAACUCUGGGACAAUAAACUGAGAGAGAACAAAAUUAUCGACAAAGACUUGGACGCCACGAUAUUAAAGAAGAAGGUGGAAGUGGAAGAGAAAAAUUUUUUAAAAGAAUUGACUGACAAAAGACAUAACAUUAUUAUGAAAAAAGAAAAUGAAGAUAAUGAAGCAGCCACAAUUAUUCAGGCGUAUAUCAGGGCGGUGAAGGAGCGAAAUAUUUACAAGCAGCGUAUCCCUCCUACAUUGAGAAAAAAACAAACAGGAGGACGAAAUGACCACGUGAAAAAUGUACCAGUGGUGAAAAAGCAACAAAAUUGA